AGCGGCGCCGGGAUUCGCCCAGCUUCAUGGAGCCGCGGCGCAUCACCAGUGCCCGAAAGCGGCCCAUCCCCUACUACCGGCCCAGCCCCUCCUCCUCCUCCUCCAGCUGCCUGAGCAGUGACUACUCAAGCAGGAGCCCCAGCCGAAGCCCCAGCCCUGGCCACAGCCACGGAAGCUACAGCAGCCGAAGUGGAGGGACCCGAAGCCACACACGCAGUCCCUCCCGGACCCCCAGUCCCAGUUACCACAGCCGGAGCAGCUCAGAGAGUGGAGGCUUCUGAGCCCAUACAGAUCCCGAGUGGUGCCCCCUGGCACAGAGAGAGGCGAGGGGUCAGGCCCCAGGAUCCAUGGGGGCAUACACCCUAUUGCUACAAAGAGGUCCCAGGGCCAGGGAAGACCUUGAGGGUAGGUGCCCUGCAGACAAGGAGGAGCUGGGUUCUGCUGCUUCUAGAGGGUCCCUACCCCCACCUUCUGCCCUCCCACCAUGUCCAGGGAACAAAGAGCCUUUUCGAACACAGGGAUCACCCUGCCCCCCUUCCUGCCUGAUGCCAGCUCACAGGCCGGGAUCUCAGCUCAGUGGACCCAGGGACAUCCUGAAGGUGCCAAUCCUGGGAGCCUCCCUUACCCACUCAGCAGGGCCCUUGGAUCCUCUCUACCACUAGGCAGGCAAGGAGGUGGGACAGCAAGCAGGAUAUAAGUUAGACGGAAAGAAGAAUGGCCUAACCUUUGGUGUAGCACCAUCCAGGCGGGGGAGCUGCUUCCUCCUGAGCUGGCUGCAGGAGGACCCUGGCUGAGGGCUGGAGGCUGGCCCCACAGCCUCCCAAACCCCUCUCCAGGCCCAAGAGUGCCAGGAAGAGCCAGGGAGCUCACUCUUGGUCCCACCUUUUCUCUCCAGGCCAGUCUCUCCCCUUCCGGCCUCACCUCAUUCCCUAGUCCCAGGCCACACAAGCCAGGCCUUGUGCAUGACAAGAGGUGGGACAUACAGACCACAACUGAAUCUGACCCUGCAAUGAAAAGGGGCUCAGGUCAGGAGGUGGAAGAGAGAAGGAGUGGAUGGAAGAAGAGCCUGUGAGAAGAAGGGAGAAGCAGUGCAGCCUAAUGACUGAGCAGGCCCUGGUAUUCUCACGUGCCCCUUGUCUGAGUCACAGGCAGAGGAUAGCGUAGCUUCAGCCCUGCCCAAGGGAGCACUGCCUCCUCAGGGUUUGGUGAGGAGGUGGCCAGCCAAGGCUUCCCAGAGAAGGGUGCUAUAGCCCUUGGAAGGAAGGGUAGGAUCUAUACUGAGGGCCUUGGCCUGGGGCAUUGACAGGAAGCAGUGGCCCCCAGCCCUCUUCUGCUGCUCCCAGCCCCCUCCUCCUGGGGCCCUCAGGGAUCUAAUGAAGUCUUCCUUGGCCCAAUAGGGCAGAUGCCCUGGGCUCCACUGGGGGGAGGGGUCUAGGGUUUGGUCCGGGUUCCCCUCUCUCUAUUUCCCACUUCCUUUUUUUUCCCCGCGGUGCGGAUGAAACUUGGGACUCUAAUAAAACACUCAGUGCCCAAAGGGCAGGUGGUGAGA